AUGCUACUGCUACAAUUCUUUUUGCUAUGGCUUCUAGGCCUUCUCUGCUACACUUCUAUGCCCUCUGUGUUCUCUUCCAAGACCUGGAACAUGCUUAGAUCUGGAAAUACUGGUGUUAACUCUGAACUUUGUCAUUUUUGGCCAUGUACUCUGCUAAUCUUUCUACAUUCUAGAUCAACAAACUCCCUGUUCUCUGGCUAUUCUGAGCCCAGAAGAAAACACAUCAUUGGCUUAAAUCCUAUGGAUUUCUAUGCUAUCUCUUCCUUAAACUAUGAUCUUUUACACUGGGAUCAAGGGAGUUUUGGCAACUACCUUGAUUCCAGUGAGGUUGAUUACAACCCUAACCCUUGGGCACCCUCUAUAGUGAUUGAUCUCAAUCUGAGCCCUUUGGCAGCCAACCAUUUGGUUGAGCCUCUUCCAUUCAACAUGGCAAGGCCUUUUGGCACUCUAUACUCUUCCAUUUAUGGUUGA